UGCACUCUUGGGAAAUGGAAUUUUCUAUUCAAUAUCACGUGACCAUAAACAGCCAAUUAAACGAUUAGAAUUUAAUAAGGUAUUAUAUAAUACAUAAAAGUUCAUAUUUUACCUGAACCAAUACGAUUAAAUCUUCGCUCUUUCUCACGAUGUCUUUAACAGAUUCAACCGUACUUAGAUCAACCUGAAACUCAUUCAAGAGUAAAAGUUGAGCUACAGGAAAAUGUCUGUUGACCGGCAGUUAUCUCGAGGAAAGGGGGUGACGAGAGUUGAUGCAUUAGAGCAGGGUGCGAUUUGUUUUCAGCCAUGUACCACGUAGAUACGCGGAACUCUUGCUAUCUGCGUACUAAUACUUAAUUUGCUGGAACCACAUGACCUUUACAAGCCCAAGGUAUUCAAUACCGUAAUUUAGUUGGUACAGUAUGUCAUGUGUCUGAGAUGUCUUGGCAUGAAACAUGAUUGGACUGAUGGCACUAAGAAACGUUGGAGUCGAUUGUUUGUAUAUGCAAUUGUGCUUCUUUUCUACCUCGUAGUCUGAACAUACUUUUCAGAAACCUGUACUUUAUGAACCUUAUUUUAAUGACUAAGUACACAUUGAGUGCUGAGUUCGCACUAGCACAAGUACGCGCCAACAACCAUUGGCGUACCAGUAGGGUACGAAUAAAAAUCUUGAAUUAUUGCCCCCUGUUAGAGUUUCAACUCUCGCUCGCGUUUGACAGCCUCUCCGAUCGACUCUCGUCAGCUCUCGUCGAAUUCGUGCAGGUCAAAAUUUUUAUGAGAGUUGAUGAGAGUUUUGUCUAUAGGCGCCGUGUGAUAGCCAAUCAACUCUUAUGAAACUCUUGUUCUCGUUUGCCCAGGAAACAAGAGUUGAGAAAACUCUCGUGCUAGACCCCUCGUACCAGAUAUCGUUAACUAUCAUCCUAGUUUUACACGGGGUUUAAAAUUGUUCAGGUUAUUUUUUGUUACCUCUUCUUCAGCGCGAUUGAUAUUUUCAACAAGACUCUGAACGUUUUCUUGACUUUCUUUAAUCAUAUCAACCUAUAUUUAGUAUAGUAUUCCAUAAAUGUGAAGUUUUUCACCACUUAUGUUUGGUUUAGGAACCGUUCAUUAUUUAUGCCCGGCAGAAUUUGCAUGUGUUCACACAACAGUUUGUUUACAAAUCAAUUGGCAAUCAUGUAACCCGAAAUAUUUCAAAUAGAGCAAAGAAACUGAAUUUAAACGAAAAGCAUUCGAAUUUACUGUUUUGAGACUUGAGAUGCUUGGUUUGCAAGCGGUACGAAAAAGGAACGCCGUUUGUGUUCACACGAAGCCGCCAAACACUCCAGUUUCAUCUUGCUCCGUUUAGCAUCCAUUCUCAAAUUGUUACGGCGAAAAUGACGUUUUCAAACAAGCGCAGUGUGAACGCAGGGCCGUAGCGAAGAGGCUAAAGCAUAGCCAUAGGGGCUGUAGUAUCGCAAUUGCCCACAAGAUUUCAGGCGCUAAUUAUCUUUUUCUUCCCAAAUCCGGACAUACAGUACCAUUUUUCACAAACUUUCCAUUAAUGUUUCGUAAUUUGUUAACUUUUUCCGUAAUUUUCGUAAAUUUAGCAAAAUGUUUGCUAUGGCUAUUACUUUUUAUUCCAAGCCAUUCACACUCAAAUAUUUUCGCUCACUACGAAACAAUUUGCCGAUAAAUCCGAAAACAAUUUGCCGAGUCAAGCAGACAUUUGCCGAGCCGCGAUGAAGGGGGGGGGGGGUAUUGCACCCCUCCACACCCCACACACCCUCUAGCUACGCCCCUGAACGCAAUGACUUUUCUGCGCCAUUUUCAAACUGCUCCAGCAGACCAUGUCAUAAGAUCCUUCGUCAAGAGUUAGUACCAGGGAUCGGGCAAAAUGCACAGGCUUUCAUGUCAUAAGAUCCUUCGUCAAGAGUUAGUAGCAGGGAUCGGGCAAAAUGCACGGGCUUUCAUGUCGUAAGAUCGAAUCUCACAGGUAAAUUUUCAACUCGACAAUUUGUCACACAAUUAAAAUCACAAUUAAAAGUAAAAGGCAUUCUUGUCUCCUACUGUACCUGUUCUUUUACUAAACUGUUGAUUUUCUCAGAUUUUUCUAUCAGUUCCAUUGUAUUUUCCCGUUCGCCUAACAUAGAAUGUUCAUUUUCAAAAGACCCUUCGCGACUUGACCUUGCGACUGUCGCUGACAUUUGAAAUACCUAAAAUCCUAACUCUAUAUCGUUAUUGCUAUUAGUAACCAUUAAGACUCGUCUAUUAAAAGGCCUCUCGCGAGCAAUGCCAUCAACGUUACCUAUAUAAAAUCAAAUUUUAGCAAUUUUUUACGAAAACACGCAAAAUUCGGCCGCCAUAUUUGUUGGUAAACGGUAACCAUAGCAAUAAAGGUAUUCGACCGGUUUUCGUAAUAUUUUUCGCGAUAUUUUGUGCCCUUCCACAUUCGCACGUUUAACAAGAUGGCGGACGAAACUUCGGACGAAACAGAUAAAAAAAUCGGCGAAAAUGACGAGAAUACAACGUUUAAAGACCUUGUGAGUGCUAAAUUAAAGUGUUUUUAUUAUACUUGUGUAAAUUAUUUGAUAGCUUGGUUGUGGUUGAUGUUUUUGUGUGUUGUUUUCCACAGGGAGUUACCGAGGUUCUCUGUGAAGCGUGCGAGAAAGUCGGUUGGAAAAUACCAACGAAAAUCCAACGUGAAUGUAUACCUUUGGCACUGCAAGGUUGGUAGUUUGAUAUUUCUAUAGAGGCAUGGGAGAUUUGAAUAUUUGAUGGGGGUUUAUCAAACUAUCUCACUAUGUAUCCUGGUAAUCCUCUAGGAACUUUUUGACUAUAAUUUUUGCUGUUCCAUCAUUUUCUCUCGUCAACCCAGGGUUGGAUAUAAGAAGAUUUUUUUUAAAAGUAAAAUCUUCUUAUUUCUUAUAUUAAUAUAAGAAGAUUUUUUAACAAUAUAAGAAGAUUUUCCAUCUUCGAACAAACUUUGAUGACAUCAAGGAAAUAUGACAUCAUAUAAAGUACCCCGUGGAUAUUCGUCCGACACCGGAUCUUCCUGCUUCACGGCUAUUCAUCCGACAACGCUUUAAAAGCUAACACUAAACCACUAAAAGGGUUGCGUUGUUUCUUAAGAACGAAGCAACAACAUAUUUGAUACGCUAUACGUUUCGUACGCGGUGCGUAAGCGAAAAUCACAAAGAAAAAAAAAAGUAUAAAAAAAAAUAAUAAAGUAGUGGCGCGAGCAGGAAUCGAUCCCAGAACUUGGCGCACACAAUACGGGUGCCUAAACCACUACACUACGAAGGAUUCGCUUGAAAUUCAAUUAAAUUUACGCUGUUUUAUUUUUAACGAGUUUAACGAUUAUGGAAAUGUCGGACGAAUAUCCACUUACUAAAAUGUAUCUGGUGGCGCGACGUUGGACGUUUUCUACUAGGCCAAACUGGCUCAUUUUCUGGCAACCAGGCCAGCUUGUUUGUUCAUAUAAACACACCAAAAUAUGUGUGCUAAUUUCGCCAUUUCAGUGAAUAUAAUUUGGAAUUUCAUAGAAUGUGGAUACUGAGAACAAACAUACUGCAAUAUGUUCAUUUCAUUGUAAUCAAUACACAAUUUUAUUGCUAUUUUAUUGAGUUUUGCUUUGUUUGUGAAAAUAAUGAAUUUUUUGUAAAUAAUGAAAAUUUUAGGUGGUAGCUUUUGAGGCAUGCGGGCAGUCGAUGCAAAUCUAUGACUUUCAUUCCCAUGGCCUAAAGGGGCUGGCUGUUUAUUGUUUAUGUGGAAGCUGGGCUAGCGCUAUAUGAGAAAAUGUUAUCCUGCUUGCCAGGACAAUUUUGUUGUUUUUAACAUUGUUUUGACAAUUGUUAAAAAUAGCCUUCAUCUUGGCAACUGGACCAACCUGCUUGUGAGUGUUUCAGUGCAGAAAUUUUCAUCCUGGUAAGCGAGAUCUCGCCCAUUUCAAGCGAGAUCUCUGCAACCAGGCCAGCUUGUUUGUUCAUAUAAACACACAGAAAUUUUUACCAUAAAUAGCUACACAGCAUGAUUUUGCUUCCCAGGCUAGCCCAGCCUCCAUAUAAGCAGCCCCUAACUCCAAACUCACUCAAUAGGUUAACCCAUUAAGCUGCAGAGCUUCCUCAUUGACAAGUAAAAUUGUCUGGCAUUAUGCAAGUAAAAAAAGAAGAGCACACUGGGGCCUACCUCAGGAGUUUUAUUUAAUUAAAUAGUUCCUAUUUUUCUUGUAUGUAGAAAAAGACAUCAUUGGUUUGGCAGAAACUGGUUCUGGUAAAACUGGAGCUUUUGCAUUGCCAAUCCUUCAAGCAUUGUUAGAAAAUCCUCAGAGAUUGUUUGCUCUUGUUAUGACGCCAACCAGGUAAUGAUAUACCAUAUGACGUAUGUAGUGUACAUAUAUAUCAGUGUAUUAACCCAUUGAGCUGCAAUGUGGCCCAGUUGCCCUACUUAUAUUUUUUACUUGUCUAACGCCAGACGAUUUUACUUGUCAAUGGGGAAGCUCUGCAGCUUAAUGGGCUAAUAAAAAAUCUGACAAUGUCUUUAGUUAAUGAACCCCAGUGCGCCCUACUUAUUUUUUUUACUUAUAUAAUGCCAGAUGAUUUUACUUGUCAGUGGGGAAGCUCUGCAUCUUAAUGGGUUAAUAUCAGUGAGGAUUGUUUUAUUCUAAAUAAUUGCAUAAAAUUUAGGAGUGCACCAGCCAGAACUAAUAAAAAAGCAUGGCUGGAACUCUGUUGUUUUCAGAGAGAUAGGAUAUCAAAUGUUUUUGUGUCUAACAAAGGUUCACAGUAGGAAGAAGUUUGGACUAUACAAGGGAAAUGUACACUAUUAGCACUUCAUUAUGACGUUUAACAUUUGUCAAAUAAUCUUUUUAUUCUAACAUUAGGCAACUCUCUCCUUGAUGACUUGAAGUGUCUGCCUGUCUGGCAGUGGACAAAGUAACAUAUGACUAUAUAUGGCUUUAUAAAUUAGUUCCAGUUCCGGCCAGAACUUUUUUCCAUUUCCGGUCGGAUCCAGUUCCGGCCGGAACUUUAAAAAUCGGCUCCGGUGCACCCCUAGUAAAAUUUACACUCGAAAUUGCCAUCUACAAAACGCUUCAACAUAUUAUUACUCCAUUAUUUAUGGCAAUAAUUUUUAGCCAUGAAGAGUAAAUUUCUUAUUUUCUUGCAGAGAACUUGCAUUUCAAAUAUCAGAACAGUUUGAAGCACUUGGUUCCUUAAUAGGUGUCAAAUGUGGUAAGCUUUGGUUUGUUUUGAAAAAAGAAAUUUACAAAUAUGUACAUUGUGUAUUAGCAACGAGCAAUAUUAUAUUUUUCAUUUAGCUGUUAUUGUUGGUGGGAUUGACAUCAUGUCUCAGUCAUUGGCUCUGGCAAAAAAGCCUCAUAUUAUUGUUGGUUAGUAUGGCAAAUACUUUUAAAUUCAAUUACAACUGGCAACUGGUCACCCUACUUUAUUAUUUUAUUCUGUGUAACGCCCGACUAUUUUACACCUACAAUUUUACUUGUCCAGGGGUUGACCCAUUAAUUGUCUUUGUCAGGCUUCUUGAGAUAAUAUACUCCAAUCAGCGCUUGGAAAAGCUUGAUAUUAUGAUGUUUACAUACGAGUAAUUCCAUGCCAUUUCGACACAAAAAAAACUGAUUUGACACCCACCGUCUCCAAAUUUAUUUAUAAUUCGCGGGCAGUUAACAUUGUGUGGGAAUAGUUUAAGUUCAAAAUUUGAGCAUCGUAGCUGCAAUAGUUUUUGAGAUAUCGCAAUUCGAAAUAUGGCCUGAAAAGCAAAAAAGUGGGCGUGGCCAGUGCUAAAUUCUGCUUUACCCUAUUUUACAUUUUGACCUGUAACUUCAUACCCGUACAUGGCAUAUCCAUCAAAAUUUGCACAAAGAUGUAUUUGUAUGUGGAGAUUUCAAAUAUUGCACUUUCAUCUUUGUAUCUGCAACCAGUAAUGUGUUAUUGGACAGCAAAAAGUCUAAUUAUGUGUUUCUGAAGACAUGAAAUAUACAUCAUCUUUAUUGGAAAAAUUUUUAUGGAAGCCAUACAGACACAUCAGUAAUUUUUAUUUCACAUCAUAUCCACAUGUUAUUCUACUUUCAUGCAAAAUUUGGUGAUGGUUAGUUGCCUGCUUUAAAAAGUAGAGCCCUUUAAAGUUGUCGUAUUUUCUAAAUAACUUUAAUAGUACGUUUUGGGUGUUUGUUAAGAGUAAAAUACAUUCAUUGAGAAAUGAGACUGCCAAAUACCUUAAUGUUUCAUUCAAUCCGUCUUUAUGGAUAGUGCAUAUUUAAAAUUUGUUUUAAAAGUUUAAAAAUUACAUAUUUAUUAAUAGUACAUGCACAAAAAGAAUAUCAAUGGAUCAAAAGUAUGCACUACAAUUUAUUUCUUAUGAUCUUAUCUACCCCUUCUCGUGAACCCAUUGUACUUUUAGUGAACUCUUUUAUUGUAUGCUUGUAAGAUGAUGAAAAAUGGCUUGAUUUGAUUGAAGAAGUUGACAAUGAUCAAAGAAAUGCAAACGUUAAUAAGGUUUAUGCAGCCAAAGUGCAUCGCAAGAUCAUAUUUCUGGCCAGUAAGAGGAUACUUGUUAGCGAUUGACCGAUAAUUGCGUCGUGUACUCGUGUCAGCCAUAUUUAGUUCAAUUUCAUAGGUGAUUAUUUGGGCAAAAAAAUAAAAAUACAUAUUUCUUCGUCAUUUAAUAGUCAAAACGGCUUCGGCCGAUUUGGGUGGUUCGGGGAGGGUGGAUGCAUGGGAAUCUCUUAUACUGUCUGUAAGUGCACGGCCUAGUGAAAAGUAACGACAACCUUGCUAAUAUUUUUUUAGUUGAUUAGCUACUGUGUUACAAGAUGUUUUUAAUAAAAAAGUAAAUAAAAAAUUAUAAUCAGAAUCGGACCGAUUUCUGCUUCUUGUAUUUUCCGAUUGUGUAAAACCGAUUGUUGAGAAAAUAUGCACUUAUGUAAAAAUCAUAUAUAUUGCGCGGUGAUACACGUUGAAAUGCACUUUUUAUGUGAAAACAACAACUGUUUAAUGCAUAGUAGGUGUGGAGCAAACCGUUGCCGCGACGAAAUAAUAUGUGAAGCGUGUCAUUUAUGUACAGGUUUAACGAACUUUGGUUGCUACUAGUAACAUGUUACGUUGGAAAUUAUCAUUAAAUUCUCGAAGUGGAUUAUGACGUCAUGGAUAAUCAGAAUCGGAUAGAUUAUUGGAUGAAUAAUUGAUAAUAAUCGGUCAAUCACUAAUACUUGUCGGGUUUCGGAUGAGAACAUUAUUUCUAACAUUGGUGUUCCAACAAUAGUCACUGGGAGGCAGUACAAACUGCAGUCUAAAGACCAAGAAGUCUUACGCACAUUCAUGGAUAAACAGUAGUGAUCUCUAUAUAUACUUCUUAAGGUAAUUUGAUACAAGAAAUAACAGUUACUCUUGGAGAACAUAAUGUACUAUUAAAAAAGAAUGAUAGAAUGAAACAUUAAGGUAUUUGGCAGUCUCAUUUCUCAAUGAAUGUAUUUUAUUCAGAACAAACAUCCAAAACGUACUAUAAAAUUAUUUAGAAAAUACGACAACUUUAAAGGGCUCUACUUUUUAAAGCAGGCAACUAACCAUCACCAAAUUUUGCUUGAAAGUAGAAUAACAUGUGGAUAUGAUGUGGAAUAAAAAUUACUGAUGUGUCUGUAUGGCUUCCAUAAAAAUUUUUCCAAUAAAGAUGAUGUAUAUUUCGUGUCUUCAGAAACACAUAAUUAGACUUUUUGCUGUGUCAUAACACAUUACUGGUUGCAGAUACAAAGAUUAAAGUGCAAUAUUUGAAAUCUCCACAUACAAAUACAUCUUUGUGCAAAUUUUGAUGGAUAUACCAUUUACGGGUAUGAAGUUACAGGUCAAAAUGUAAAAUAGGGUAAUGGUGAAUUUAGCACUGGCCACGCCCACUUUUCUGCUUUUCAGGCCAUAUUUUGAAUUGCGUUAUCUCAAAAACUAUUGCAGCUACGAUGCUCAAAUUUUGAACUUAAACUAUUCCCACACAAUGUUAACUGCCUGCGAAAUAUAAAGAAAUUUGGAGAGGGUGGGUGUCAUGCCUGUGUUGAAAUGGCAUGGAAUUACCCAUACCGGUAUACAAAGUUAACAUUUAACAAUUAUUUGCAGCAGGCGAAGUGAUUAUCAGGGAAUAUUCACCGAGACAAAGUCAAGGUGAACAUUCCCUGAUAAUCACCGAGCCUGAGGCAAAUAAUUGUUUUGGUAUUUUUACACAAGUCGUUGUGUUUUUGGGACUGAAUUUAUUUUAAUUUUGCUUAUUUGAGUUAUUUCUUUAUCAGUAACUUCCACAAAACAGCUAGCCUCCAUUUUUCAAAUUUCAAUUUUGUUAUAUUCACCUGUCAGUGAAUAGCUUAAUAUGUCAAAUUUGAACAAUCAACUUGUAGGAUUUGUUAUAUUCAUUUGUGGAAAAAUGCUAAAAAACUGAUACCAAUAUUACUGAAAAAUAUCGAUAUUCCGAUAUAUCGAAAAUUUUAAUAUUCAAUAAUCAGCAUUUAUAGAAAACCAAUAAUUUUCAGUACAUGUAUAUCAAUAUACCGCAACAGCCUAAUAAGUAUAUAUGCGAAUUAUCACACUCUGAAUGGGUUGAUAAGUAAAAAUUGUAGAAUGCCACACUUGUUUUAUUUUAUUCCAGCAACUCCUGGCAGAAUAGUUGAUCAUCUUGAGAACACAAAGGGAUUUAAUUUGAGACCACUGAAAUUCUUGGUAAGUUUGAAUUUUAUUUUCAGUUGUUAUUUGUAA